GAUUUCCAGACCUGCUUGCUCGCCUCAGCCCGGGCGCUCCUACCGGAUGGCUGGGACUCCAAGCACGAGAGUGCUUGGAUAGCUGUUUGGACGUGCAUCGCUGAUCGCCUUGAGCAAUCCCUUCCACUGCCAUCGAAGUAUCAGAAGCCAGUUCAGAACUUUGUUGCAGGGCUGAGCACGGAUCAACGGCAGAAGCUGGGAAAACGCAGCUUCGAGCGGCUUUUCCGUGAGCACGAGCAGGUCUCCAACCACUUCAACCAAUCCUGGAUGAGAUUGGCGUUCAUCAUCAGCAAGACGCUCGACAUGGCCGUGCGGCUUUUCCACGAGCCGGCGCAAAUGUUCGAUGAGCUGACGCAGUUGGGGUUGAAGCACAUCAUGUUUCAGGCUGACUCCCAGUUCUUCCAGCCGUGGGUCGCCGCACUGGUGGCGGAAAUCCAGCUGAUAUGCCAGGAUGAGAAAGUCAUUGAUGCUAUGGACUUUGCACUCUGCGUGAUUGGUAGCAUCAUCGGAAAAGCACUGGAAGCUGGUGCCACGCCCAUACUGAAGGCCAUUGUCACGGACGAUGUCAAGGCCUUGAAGAAGGCAUUGGCUGCGACGCCGAGGGGCCAGCGUGCUGAAGCCAUCUUGGGUCGUGGCUAG